CCCGGAUUAGAUAAGAGCGCAGAGGCGGACUUUGUUCUCUCGUGUAUUUUGUAGCAAGCCCAAGCUCCGUCCACGCGGCGCACUCUGCGAACAAAAAAACCGCACCCGCUAUAUAUGACGUCUGGACUAGCUGCGUUUACGUUUAUUUGGGAUGUUGUAGCAGUGAGCUACCAAUCUGACAGAGUGAGCAACACAGGUGCAGAGUGGAGAUAUCACUGCCAAUAAUAGUCUUCACCAGAGUAUGGUUGGAAGAACAACCCCCCAGCAGAAGACGAGUGAAAUUCUCGGUGACAUGAAGAUGUCCUCUCCAGUUGACGCAGAUGAAGAUGAGGUGGAAAAAGAAGUCGAGUUUGUAUCAGAGGGCCCUCUCAGACCAGUAUUGGAAUGUAUUGACCUGUUGAGUGACAGUGAGGAUGAGGGAUGUUCAUCAUUGCCCGUUACACUUGAAGAUAAAAUCAGCCGUCAUAAAGCACGUGUUACGUCCACCCUGGACAGACUGGCGCACCAAGUGGCUGUACAGAAAAAGGAACGAGCAGAUAAAUGCAGAGCAUUCAAGGAGAAGCAGAUCCUACAAAAAGCUCAUGGACAACAGGAGCUGGCUGUUAGUGCUGUAAAUGGCAUUAAUCAGGAAGCCAAACGUUGUGUAGACAUGUGGUUAAAGAUGCCAGGUCUUAAACCUGGAGCGAUCAGUGCUGGUUCCGAGGGAAGACAAAGAGCUUCUUUCCACAGAAGUAUCUCAACUAGGCAUACUUGUCCAGUAAUUAACUGUGGUCGAGUUUAUGAUAAUGCUUCCCUCCUUGAUGGACACUUGAAAAGGUUUGAUCACUCCCCAUGUGACCCGACUAUCAAUCUUAAAGGAAGUCCCUCAGAGUUCUUUGCCUGUGUUGCAUGUGGAAAGAAUUUUCAGGCCAAAGAAUCCUGGAGGAACCAUGUUAAGUCGAAGGUGUCCUCAUCUAAUCCUGAUGGUCAUAGCAUCAACCAGAUCUAUCAGCGAAUUGUGUGUUUUGCAUGUCCUGCCUGCUACCACCUCUUCAACCUCAGAGACGAGUGUCUCCAGCACAUGUCAGCCGAAAGCCACUUCAAACACUCACUCAUCUUAAGAGAAAGUCCGCUGCCAGUCCCUGUCCCUCAACAUGUCAAGAAUCGUCUCAUCGCGUUGUGCAAAGAUGUAGCGUUCACUGUCCGCUGCUCUUUGUGUCAUAACGUACUGAUCUCUCAUCAAGCAGCUCAAGCUCACUUUAAUGUGUACUGCAGACAGGGCUGUGCUGUGGCCAAAGCUGACAAGACGAUAGUGCAGGUCAUGAAGCAGCUGCAAGUGCGAGGACAGUGUUCUGUCUGCUGUGAAAUCUUCCUCAGCCAAGCUGAAGUUGAGAAACACAGGGAGUCGAUGCAGCAUGAAAUUGAACUCAACAAUACAAUGGCAAAAGCACUUCUUCAGCACUGCAGGUUUAGUGAAAUUCAACACUCGAAGAGAGCUAGAGACUCAAAAGACACAGAGGAGACCACUGGCCUUGCAACACCUCUCAAAAGAAACAAGAAGAGCGGUGACCAUGACAGAUUUCCAGCUAAUCGGCAGUGCCUGGGCACAAGUGUGACUGUCACCAGUAGCGGGAGCGUAACAGCUUGGUGCUGCGAGUGUGGUCUUCAGUUCUCAGAUGAGGCUGGAGCCAGUAAGCACCUUCUGGCUGUGAACCAAAUUUUCCAUCAGUGUGGCGUGUGUGGCAAACAUAUGGGGGAGUCUUCCAUUGCACGUCUGCAUAUGAGUCGCUUUCACGGGGGCGCUCAUCUCUCCAACUUCCUCUUCUACUGCCGCAAGUGCAAAGUGGAAAUGCCUCGGUACGAAGACAUCCUGUCACACGUGUCCGGAGCUCACAGCGGACACACGUAUUUCAGUGAACAAGAAGUGCCUGAGCAGCUUCCCAUAAUCGUUGAUGUCAAGCCAUCCACUAGCAGUGACAUCACAUUUCACUCCUUGUCUGUGGCCAAAGUCCAGCUGAGCACAGAGGUGUCUUCAUCAAAAGUAGAGCAGUCUUGGAUGUGCAGGAUGUGCGAGGAUGUCUUUGACUCGGAGGUUGCCGUCCGCAAACACUGUAGCGAUGUUAGUAGUCACAGCUUUCAGAGAUUCGUCUGCGGACACUGUCCUCAGAAGUUCUUCAAAGAGUCCACCGUACGGAGACACUGUAUGAAUGAGCAUGAUGGGGUCAUAAAAACUUCCUAUUUCUGCGGCCUCUGUGACAGCAUGGAGUUCGGAUCUGAGGAGGAGUUUUUUGAGCACUACAAGAAUCUUCACAGUAAGGACUACUACUGCAUGGAUGACGUUGAAGUUGUUCAACCAGAUGCCGCCACUGCCGCUGAGAGUACCAGUCAGUUUACAUGCCCGUGCAUGGGUUCAGAAAAAAGUAAAGCAGACAUGAAAGCCACUUACACACAAUGCAUGAGGAAUCUGGCUGCGGAAGAAAAAUGCCAGUACAUCUGUGUGCCUUGCGAUGUAUCUGUUCCAUCCUAUGCACAGAUCAAGACUCAUGUCCACACAAAACACACAGCCUUGAACCUGGACAGGAGCUUUGACAUCAGAUGCAAAGACUGCCAAGAGAGUUUUAUGGAUGUACCGAGUUUCCAUAAACACUACCACUCGCAACAUUGUACACUGGAUCCCUGCAUGAGUUCCAGGACCUGCAGGAAAGGCUCGAAAGCAGAACCCACCACUCCAAGAAUACCUAAUGCUGUGGAGAAUAAACCAGAGAGCAACGAGAUUGACGACGAAACGCUGACAGUUUUCAACACUGAUCACACCAAUGACAAGAGUGAAGUGCAGGAAGUUGAAUCGGAUGACGAAAUGAAACGCGCGCUGUCUUUGAGUGCAGAAGAAGCGCAAGAGUCAGCAGGCUCUUCAGAAAUUCAUAAAUUACCUUCCUACUGGGGACAAACAGUAAAAGACGGUGACGUGAGCUCAAGCAUAGGAUGACACAACGUUCAUCCGACCAUCUCAAUCUUCAAUGCUCCAUGGUUAUGAAAUAUUUUCAGAAA